CGCUUGAUGGCGUUAAAAAGAAUGGGAAUUGUCAAAGACUAUGAGAAAAUCCGUACCUUUACAGUUGCAGUAGUAGGUGUAGGUGGUGUUGGCAGUGUGACUGCUGAAAUGUUGACAAGGUGUGGCAUUGGUAAGCUGCUUCUGUUUGAUUAUGACAAAGUGGAACUGGCAAACAUGAACAGACUCUUCUUCCAACCUCAUCAAGCUGGAUUAAGUAAAGUGCAAGCAGCAGAACAUACUUUGAGGAACAUUAACCCUGAUGUUCAAUUUGAAGUACAUAACUACAACAUCACAACACUGGACAACUUUGAACAUUUCAUGGAUAGAAUAAGUAACGGUGCAUUAGAGGAAGGGAAGCCUGUCGAUCUUGUUCUAAGCUGCGUGGACAACUUUGAAGCUCGCAUGGCAAUUAACACGGCCUGCAAUGAACUUGGACAAAUCUGGAUGGAAUCUGGAGUGAGUGAAAAUGCAGUGUCAGGACACAUACAGCUGAUCACACCCGGUGAAUCUGCUUGUUUUGCGUGUGCUCCUCCACUUGUAGUUGCUGCAAAUAUUGAUGAGAAAACAUUAAAACGAGAAGGAGUUUGUGCAGCUAGUCUUCCUACAACUAUGGGUGUUGUGGCAGGAAUUCUUGUACAAAAUGUUCUGAAGUACCUGUUAAAUUUUGGUACUGUGAGUUAUUAUCUUGGUUACAAUGCGAUGCAGGAUUUCUUUCCAACUAUGUCUAUGAAGCCAAACCCACAAUGUAGUGACCAAAAUUGCAGAAAACAGCAAGAAAAUUAUAAGAAAAAAGAAGCUGCACAACCAAAACAAGAAGUAAUUGAACAGGAAGAAGAAGUAGUACAUGAAGACAAUGACUGGGGCAUCGAAUUAGUAUCAGAAACUUCAGAAGAUGAGCUGAAGGCUGCAUCUGGCCCAGUACCUGAUCUUCCUGAGGGAAUUACUGUAGCAUACACUAUCCCAAACAAGGAAGAGAAUUUGACAACUGAGGAAACAGUAGUGGAGUCUGAAGAAAGCCUAGAAGAACUUAUGGCCAAAAUGAGAAACAUGUAGCAAAACACACAUUAAGUAC